GUCGUAUAGGUAUUUUCCCUCAAAUAUUAGUGUCAUUGAAUGGCUGGGAGCAUAUUACAUUGACACCCAGUUCUGUGAAAAAGCUAUUCAGUACUUUGAGAGAGCAACCCUCAUUCAACCGACACAGGUGAAGUGGCAGCUGAUGGUGGCUAGCUGUUACAGGAGAAGUGGGAAUUAUCAGAAGGCACUUGAGACCUACAAGGACAUUCAUCGGAAAUUUCCUGAAAAUGUUGAAUGUCUACGCUUCCUAGUCAGGCUGUGCACAGAUAUGGGACUAAAAGAGGUGCAGGAUUAUGCCACCAAACUCAAGAAAGUUGAAAAAUUGAAGGAGAUCAGAGAGCAGAGGGUGAGAUCUGGGAGGGACAGCAGUGCUCGAGGCCGCAGGGAAGGCAGCGCUGGCAGUGGAAAUACUUCAAACCUUACACGCACUCUCCCUAAGAAACCCAGUGGUAUGACUGUAAUUCCCCUAAUAUAGCGUCCAGGUGGACAAGCUUAGUGGAGACUGCUAGCCCUGUGAUGUGAUUUUUCAAAAAGAGAAAGCAUGUGUCUUAGACACCCGUUCCCUAAAUCAAAUGAUGUAGACAUUUUAAUCCAACAACUUGACUUUAGACUUUUGGUUUGUGAUUUGUUUUGAAUUUAUAGUGUAGUAAUAUUUUAUUUGAUAAAUUUGAUUUCUCUUCUGG